AUGGGUCCUCCUCUGAAGCUCUUCAAAAACCAGAAAUACCAAGAACUGAAGCAGGAAUGCAUGAAAGAUGGCCGGCUUUUCUGUGACCCUACCUUCUUGCCGGAGAAUGACUCCCUAUUUUUCAACCGUCUGCUUCCAGGAAAGGUUGUAUGGAAACGUCCUCAGGACAUUUCUGAUGACCCCCAUCUGAUUGUGGGUAACAUCAGCAACCAUCAGCUGAUCCAGGGAAGACUGGGGAACAAGUCAAUGAUCCCUGCAUUUUCCUGUUUGGCUGUUCAGGAGUCACACUGGACAAAGACAAUUCCCAACCAUAAGGAACAGGAGUGGGAUCCUCGAAAGCCAGAAAAAUAUGCUGGAAUAUUUCGCUUCCGUUUCUGGCACUUUGGAGAAUGGACGGAGGUGGUGAUUGAUGAUUUGCUGCCCACCAUCAAUGGAGAUCUGGUCUUCUCAUUCUCCACCUCCAUGAAUGAGUUUUGGAAUGCUCUACUGGAAAAAGCUUAUGCAAAGCUGCUGGGCUGUUAUGAGGCUUUGGAUGGUUUGACCAUCACUGAUAUCAUCAUGGACUUCACGGGCACAUUGGCUGAGAUUGUUGACAUGCAGAAAGGCAGAUACAUGGACCUUGUUGAGGAGAAGUACAAGCUGUUCAGAGAACUGUACAAAACAUUCACCAAAGGAGGUCUAAUUUGCUGCUCCAUUGAGUCACCUAGCCAAGAGGAACAAGAAGUUGAAACAGACUGGGGUCUACUGAAGGGUUACACCUAUACCAUGACUGAUAUUCGCAAGUUCCGCCUUGGAGAAAGACUUGUCGAAGUCUUCAGUGCUGAGAAGCUGUACAUGGUUCGCCUGAGGAACCCAUUGGGAAGACAAGAAUGGAGUGGCCCCUGGAGUGAAAUUUCCGAAGAGUGGCAGCAACUGACUGUAACAGAUCGCAAGAAUCUGGGUCUUGUGAUGUCUGAUGAUGGAGAAUUUUGGAUGAGUCUGGAAGAUUUUUGCCACAACUUUCAUAAACUGAAUGUCUGCCGCAAUGUGAAUAACCCUGUUUUUGGCCGCAAGGAGUUGGAAUCAGUGGUGGGAUGUUGGACUGUGGAUGAUGACCCUCUGAUGAACCGAUCAGGAGGCUGCUAUAACAACCGUGAUACCUUUCUGCAGAAUCCUCAGUACAUCUUCACCGUGCCUGAGGACGGCCAUAAGGUUAUCAUGUCACUGCAACAAAAGGACCUCCGUACUUACCGCCGAAUGGGAAGACCUGACAAUUACAUCAUUGGUUUUGAGCUCUUCAAGGUGGAGAUGAAUCGUAGGUUCCGCCUCCACCACCUGUAUAUUCAGGAACGUGCUGGGACUUCCACCUAUAUUGACACCCGUACUGUGUUUCUGAGCAAGUAUCUGAAGAAGGGCAACUAUGUGCUUGUUCCAACCAUGUUCCAGCACGGCCGCACCAGCGAAUUUCUACUGAGGAUCUUCUCUGAAGUGCCUGUUCAGCUCAGGGAACUGACAUUGGACAUGCCCAAGAUGUCUUGCUGGAAUCUGGCACGUGGCUACCCAAAGGUGGUUACACAGAUCACUGUUCACAGUGCUGAGGGCCUGGAGAAGAAGUAUGCCAAUGAAACUGUAAAUCCAUAUCUGGUCAUCAAAUGUGGGAAGGAAGAAGUCCGUUCCCCUGUCCAGAAGAAUACUGUGCAUGCCGUUUUUGACACGCAGGCCAUUUUCUACAGAAGGACCACUGACAUUCCUAUUAUCAUCCAGGUGUGGAACAGCAGAAAAUUCUGCGAUCAGUUCCUGGGGCAGGUUACUCUGGAUGCUGACCCCAGUGACUGCCGUGAUCUGAAAUCUCUGUACCUGCGUAAAAAGGGUGGUCCCACUGCCAAAGUGAAGCAAGGCCACAUCAGCUUCAAAGUUAUCUCCAGCGAUGAUCUCACUGAGCUCUAA